AUGUUGAAUAGCAAACCCUAUCAGUGUCAGCGAUGCCCGAGGGCAUUUGCCCGGCUAGAGCAUCUUCAAAGACACGAUCGCUCACAUACCAAGGAGAAACCGUUUGUUUGCGUUCAAUGUCCCAAGGCCUUUACACGCAAGGAUCUGCUGGCUCGUCAUGAGCGUCUCUCUCACAACCCUGAUGCCAGUCCAGCCAGCAAUAACACACACACGACCUCCCCCGCAAAUCCUUCUCCCUUGGACGGAUUAAACUCCUUGGCAUCUGUAGUCAACCACGCACAAUCUAAUCCUAGCGCUCUACAAGGGCCUGUCGACCAUUUCACAUCAUUGUCGCCAGCCGUACACCGCCCGGUGCUGGGUACUCAGUUGGCCAGCAUAGACACUCCUUCUGAAAGACCCACCACCCCAUCCCCUGGCCCGGAUUUUGGCUAUGCUCUAAGUGGCUUUGGGCCGGCAUCAUAUCAAGCUCAUGACUUCACCUCGUUUUUGGAUAGCGUCCCCUUGCCAAAUCAUCCGUUCUCUCCGGCUUACCAGCCACUCCCGCUAUUCCCACCGUUGCACUUCUCCCCGGUGCCGGAAUAUGAUCAAUCUUCUGAUCGAGGGGCGCUGACCGAAAAUACUCCUUCCACUCCUUCCAGCUCUGUACUUCCCCGAAAUGACACUCAGCUGCCCUCCCUCCAGCCGGAGGGAUAUCAUCACAUCUCCCCCGCGGCGCGCCAGCCCACGGGAUUCGUACCAGUCACGGCGGAAUGCCGGGAGAAGUUCAUGAAUAUGUUAGCCGACUACGCCAAUGUGGUCCCAGAUCCAUCGAUGCCAUCUCGACAUGCGCUGUCCCGAUGUUUGACCGGGUAUGUAACCGGUUUUCACGAGCACUACCCAAUCGUGCAUAUCCCGACCUUCGAUGUAGAUUCCAUGACCUUACCGUAUUUCCUAGCGAUGGCGGCAUUGGGUGCACGGUAUUGCCGUGAGCCAGACACUGCAUUUCGUCUCUAUCAGAUUGCCAAACCAGUGACUAUGGAACAUGUUCGCCGGGUCUUCCAGUCGGGCAAGCUGCCCCCGCCCGGCCUCAACGCGGCCGACGACAUUGGUACCCUGCAAACUGUGCAAGCUUUAUUGUAUAUGACCUCGGUGUCGUUAUGGUUUAUCAACAACCCCCCAUACCACGAGGCGCUGUCGCUUCGCAGUCUAAUGGAAAUAGUCGUCCGACAAGGAGGACUCAACCGGCUACCGGAGCAGGACGGAACAUGGAGUAGCUGGAUACGACGGGAAUGCGUGAAGCGCACGAAACUAAUUGUGUUCUGUUUCUUCAAUAUCCACACUAUCGUGUUCGACGUCCCACCCAUGAUUCUCACUGAAGAUUUCACACUCGAACUACCCAGCACCGAAAAAGAAUGGCAAGCCCCGCGCUCAGAUCUCUGGCAGAUAGAGCGCAUGAAGAGUCCUGGCGAGCCAAAGUUCCAGGAUGCCCUUUCCGCCUUGUUUAAACCAACCAGCAAUGUAGAGCGGUUUUCUUCGCUCGGCGGCUACGUGCUAAUCCACGCCAUCCUGCAAGAUAUCUGGCUCAUGACGAAAGCGGGCCGACUGCCCGUGUCACGACGGAACCGCUUCACUCCAUCUUCAAUGGCACCCACACCCGAGCUCGUACACGUCGAACAGGCACUAGAACGCUGGUGCCAGUGCUGGGAGCGCAACCAAGAAUCCUCCGUUGACCCACUCAGCCCGAACGGCCCGCUAUCCUUCACAUCAGCAGCGCUGCUUCGACUAGCCUACAUCCGACUCAACGCAGACUGCGGCUCAGCCCGCCAACUGCAAACCUGGGAUCCCGUGCAGAUCGCAACCAGUCUCCACGACAACCUCGCCGUCCGACGCGGCGACCGUCUCACACGCGCUGCACUCCACUGCGCACAUGCCCUCAGCACACCUGUCAAGCUCGGUAUUGGAUUUGUCGCGCACUCGCAGGUGGCUCUGUGGUCGAAUCAGCACGCUUUGUGCUCCCUGGAGUGCGCGGUGCUAUUGGCUAAGUGGCUGGAGGCGAUCACGGUGCCGGAUCCGGACCCGGGGCUUACGGAGCAGGAGACCCGGUUGCGAGAUUUCGUGCUCGAGAUGGUUAUGGAGGUGGAGCAUGGUGUUUCGAGGGAGUGGCUGCUCGCUACUAAUACACGGCUCAGUGCUGCGGUCACCAGGUUGUGGGCGCGGCUGUUUACGGCGGAUUAUAUCUGGGAGAUGGUUUCUUUGAUUGGGAAGUCUUUGAAUAGCUAUGCGGACUUGCUAGAGCAGUAG